AUGGACAGAGUCUGGAAGACCAGUGCACUUCUCUCCCCUCUGGAUCAUUCAUUCAUUCGCCAAGUCCCCGAUCAGGCUCUCCGUGCUCCUUCCAGCAGCUGUGAAGGGGAUGCUUCAGCCCCUGCUGCCCAUCACGGUCCCACUGAUCAGACUCCUCUCUUGAGCAUGGUGCCCAGAAGGGGAGAGAAGGUCCCUGGCCAGGGCAGCAUGGGGAGCACAGAGCGCCUUCCCAAGAGCCGUCGUUCCAGGCUUAGGCACUUUCCGGGCACCACUAACCUUGGCAAACUCCACAAAGGACACGGCUCCGUCCCCGUCCAAAUCGGCUUCUUGUACUGUGCGGUCUGCAAUGACUUCCAGCUGCUCAUCCGUCACCUCCACCCCCACCAUCAACCUCAAGACCUGGCGGCACCCAUGAAAGACAAGGAGGGAAAUAAAGGCGCCAGGCCCUCCCCUCCCGUCCGGGACAGUCCCCUUCGACCGUUGUGGGCUCUGGCCGCAAAUUCGGGCCGGACCUGGCUCCUGCCCGGUACCCACGGAGCUGGGGCCCCGACCCGUCGCCCAACUUCAGCCCCCGAGCCAGGAGCCUCGGACCCCUGGGUCCCCAGCGGUCCCACUCACAGCCGGUCUCCUCUUGGAUCAAGUCCAAUUCGGGUUCUCGUUCCAGGUGAGAGCCCUGAGAUCCCAUGGCUGCGGCGCUCCCGAAUCCAGGGCGGAUCCCGAGGAGUCCAGGGUCCGGGGGCCUGGGGCCCGGCCGGGAUGGGCUCAGGGCGGAGUCCCGCCAGGAAGCUCUGCCUCCUACACUUGGCCUGGGAACCCAGGCGUCCCGGCAGCCCCGCCCUUCAGGAGCUCCCCUCCGUCCGAUUGGAGCCGCCGAACCCUGGAAAGCUAGUCCUCCCGCACCGGGUUCGGAGGGUCCGAGGUGUCGUCCAACCGCCUGCGGGUUGUCCCCGCCUCGAGAACCCUGGUGUCCGGCCUCCCACCCGCCGCGGUCUAAGCUUGCCAAGGCUACAGAAACAGAGGUUUCGCCUCAGGGCAGCCCCGGGCAGAGAAAGUGCGGGGGCCGAGACAGAACAAGGGCAAUAUUCAGAUCCCCAGCCAGAGACUGCCCGACCUGAACCUCGACCAGGAGGCAGAAAUCAAGACUGGAAGCGAGGUGGCCAAAGGGAGCGUGAGAUAAAGUCAACCUGCAAACGGGGAAACAAGGAAAAGGAGCAGAGGCGCAAAGGAGAGCCCAGAGACCCGAGAGGCACCCCAGGUGGACGACACCCCACAGUGAAGGGCAAAGAGAAAAAGGCUGGUGUUCCCGUCUUCGAGGCCUGGAUACUGGACUUGAGAUUGCUGACUACUCAAUUCCUCCACUCUUUCUUGGCUGGAUUUAGGACACUGCUCUCUCUGUGUUCUCCUUCUGUCCUGCCUUUUCUACAAUCUCUUGAUGCUUUAUCACCAUAUCACAACCUCCAACCAACGGUGUCCCGCCAGGCACUGUCUCUCUUCCCUCAACACUGUGUCCCCAGGUUUCUAGUCUGUCCUAUGAGCCCCAGUCACAUAUAAUUGGCUUGCAUGCUUCAUAAAUUAGCAUCUCAAAGUCAAUAUGUUCAAAAUGAUGUUUUCCUUAAAAUCUAACCCUUUCUUCAAUCUAUUUAAUAAAGGAAU